AUUGCUAAAAGACGCAGGUCAAAUCGUCGUCAUCUUACAAGACAAGACAAGACACUUCCAACAAUGGCAUCCUCUUCCAACAACCACCAAAACGGGCCGCAGCAGCGCUGGCAACACAUUGUCAUUGUUGGGGGUGGCGCAGCAGGCAUGUCCUGUGCUGCCACAUUGGCCAACCACCCCGACAAGUUCAAAGUCACGCUGCUCGAAAAGAACAGCAUCGUGGGAGGCCAAGCAACGUCCAUUCCGCUCGACGAGGGCAAAUUCGGGGCAUCAUGGAUGAAUAAUGGAGUUCAGGGAGGAUCACAGAUCUUCAAGCACACCUUCAACUUCUUCAACCAGCAUGGCUCCCCAGCUCAGCCUCUCCAGCUGCAAGUCUCCUUCGGCAAGGGAGAAUCCGGCUUCUGGACAAACUGCUUCCCCAGCAAGCUCGUCGCCAAGCACGCCUCCGACAUCAAGCGCUUCGGCCUCUUCCUCAAAGUCGUCAAGUGGACGAUGCCCCUGCUCGGCCUGGUCCCCAUCUCCGUCAUGCUGCGUCUCUUCUUCUUCAGCAAGGACUUUGGCGACAAGAUGGUCUAUCCGCUCAUUGCGCUGUUUCUCGGGACGGGCAACCAGACGGCGAAUGUGCCCGCGGCCAUUGUCGAGCGGCUGUUCAACGAUCCCAACAUGAAGCUCUGGGACUACGAUCAGGAAACGCUGCUGCCGAAUCAGCCCACCAUGUACUCGUUUGACUGUCUGCACGACUUUUACGAGAAAUGGAAAGAUGAUCUCGUUGCCAAGGGCGUCUCCGUCAGAACAAACACCCAGGUCCACAGCGUGCUCUCCAGAUCCAACAAGGGCGUCGACCUGGCCAUCAAGAAUAACAACCCUUCUGACGAGCUCGCAAACGAACAUUUCGACCAUCUCGUGCUCUGCGUCCUCGCAGACGACGCCCUCCGCAUACUCGCACACACAGCAACCCGCCGCGAGAAGCUCGUCCUCGGCGGCGCAACCUUUUACGACGACCUCACCGUAACGCACUCCGACUCGGCCUACUUCAAACGGCAAUACGAAACACAAUUCAAGCCCGACCUCUGCGCGGAACCCAAAUCCGAACAGCAGUGCCACCAGAUCGCCUCGGCCAAGGGAGAAUCAAUCUCCUCAACGUCUCGUCAGUUCAACCCCAUGUACUACACCUACACCUACCAGCAUGACCCGCGCCUCAUAGAAAUGUCCUUCAACUGCAGCAACUACCAACACCAGUUCCACAAGUCGCCAGCUUCACCAACAGUCCCUUUCGAGCCAGUCUACCAAACAAUCUUCCUCGACAAGCGCAAGAGCGACCUCUGGACAAUCGACGACAUUGACAAGGACAAGAUCAUCAAACGCAACUGGUGGCACCAGCUCGGCCACCGCUGGCAGCACUACCUGCGUGUCGUGCCGGGCAUCAUGUUCCUGCAAGGCCGUAAUAAUACCUUUUUCGCCGGAUCGUGGACAUUAGUGAACAUGCAUGAAGUCGCCUGCAUCAGCGGCAUAGCAGCUGCCUACCGCCUCGGGGCCGACUACACAAAGUUCGACGACUUUGCCCAAGACUUCUUCGUCAAGUACCUGCUGCUUUCUCACGGCAAGUUGUUCUCCCGAGAGGAAAAGAAGAGAAAGGCAAAGGCAACUUGAGAAAAGAAGAAAAGAAAACUGGCA